CCGCAAAUACUCUGCCAUUUAUGGAGCGCUUCCUCCAGGCCAGGCGCUUCGGCCCUUGGCGUCAUCGUCUCGGUGGCUACCCGGUGACCCGAUGCUUGACAAAUGGAGGCCCAUGGGUUUCUGACCCCAGAGGGUGGACCCUAGGAGCCUGGCCCCUGGCUGGGAGAUAAGGCCAGAAUCCAAGGCCUCCGUGAAGUCACCGGCUCCCACAGGCCUGAGGAGCGGAACCUCUGCGGAACUGCCACUUUCAGAGCCACUGGGGGGAGUUCCGAGGUGAAGAACAAGAUGUAGGGAGAUGGGACCACCUCCCGCGGGUCCCCUUGCUUGGCCACAAGAAGCCCACCUUGACCUUGGGCCGCCUCUCCCUUGGCCUAACCAAGAGCUGGACUUGCCCUGGGCCUCAGGCCUGGGCUACCCCCUUUGCAGGGGGAGGAAGACGGAGGACCCCCCAGGGUCCCGUCCCUAGGGGAAGCCCGGAGAGCCACGUCCCCUGUGGCCUCCCCAGCCGCCCAGCAGCCAGUCUGUCCGGAAUGCCCGCGCCAUGGCCAAGCUCUGGGUCAAGGUGCAGCGCUCCUGCCGCAGGAAGCCCCUGCGCUUCCUCUCGCUCCUGGCCCUGUACCUGGCGGCCGGGAGCCUGGUCUUCCUGCACUCGGGCUUCGGGGGCCAGCCCGCCRCCUCCCAGGGCCAGGCCAGCCCCGCCGCAGGCGGCGUCCAGGGCCACGAGCUGCCCUUCCUGGGCGACCUGCACCUGGGCAGGGGCUUCCGCGACGGCGAAGCGUCCAGCAUCGCGCGCAGGUACGGACCCUCGUUCAAGGGCAAGGACAGCAAUGAGAGAGCCAAGCUGGGMGACUACGGGGGAGCCUGGAGCCGGGCCCUCAAGGGCAGAGUCCUCCGCGAGAAGGAGGAGGAGCGAGCCAGGUACAUCGGCUGCUACCUGGACGACACCCAGAGCCGCGCCCUGAGGGGCGUGUCCUUCUUCGACUACAAAAAGAUGACCSUCUUCCGUUGCCAGGACAACUGCGCCGAACGGGGUUACCUGUACGCCGGGCUGGAGUUCGGCGCUGAGUGCUACUGUGGCCACAAGAUUCAGGCGGCCAACGUGAGCGAGGCGGAGUGCGACAUGGAGUGCAAGGGCGAGCGGGGCAGCGUGUGCGGUGGCUCCAACCGCCUCUCGGUCUACCGGCUGCAGCUGGCGCAGGAGUCGGCCCGCAGGUAUGGGAGUGCAGUAUUCCGAGGCUGCUUCCACCGGCCUGAGAACCUGUCCCUGGCCUUGCCCGUGACGGCCGCCAUGCCCAACAUGUCUGUGGACAAGUGCGUGGAUCUCUGCACAGAGAAGGAGUACCCGCUGGCGGCGCUGGCCGGCACCGCGUGCCACUGCGGCUUCCCCACCACGCGCUUCCCGCUGCACGAGCGGGAGGACGAGCGCCUGUGCGCGCAGAAGUGCAGCGCCGAGGAGCUGGAGAGCUGCGGCAGCCCCGGCUACUUCGUCGUCUACCAGACACAGGUCCAAGACAACCGCUGCAUGGACAGAAGGUUCCUCCCGGCCAGGUCCAAGCAGCUGAUCGCUCUGGCCAGCUUCCCUGGGGCCGGCAACACGUGGGCCCGGCACCUCAUCGAGCUGGCCACCGGCUUCUACACCGGCAGCUACUACUUUGACGGGUCCCUGUACAAUAAAGGGUUCAAGGGCGAGCGCGACCACUGGCGCAGCGGGAGGACCAUCUGCAUCAAGACGCACGAGAGCGGCCAGAAGGAGAUCGAGGCCUUCGACGCCGCCAUCCUGCUCAUCCGCAACCCCUACAAGGCGCUCAUGGCCGAGUUCAACCGCAAGUACGGGGGCCACAUCGGCUUUGCCGCCCACGCGCACUGGAAGGGCAAAGAGUGGCCGGAGUUCGUGCGCAACUACGCCCCCUGGUGGGCCACCCACACGCUGGACUGGCUCAAGUUCGGCAAGAAGGUGCUGGUGGUGCACUUCGAGGACCUGAAGCAGGACCUGUUCGUGCAGCUGGGCCGCAUGGUGCGCCUGCUGGGCGUGGCGGUGCGGGAGGACCGGCUGCUGUGCGUGGAGAGCCAGAAGGACGGCAACUUCAAGCGCUCGGGGCUGCGCAAGCUCGAGUUCGACCCCUACACGGCGGACAUGCAGCGCAGCAUCUCGGCCUACAUCAAGAUGGUGGACGCGGCGCUCAAGGGCCGCAACCUCACGGGCGUCCCCGACGACUACUACCCGAGAUGAUGCGGCGCGGGAGGGCGGCGGCCUGGCCACGCCCACUCACCUGGCCUCUCCGGUUGGGGACCGCCCCGGUGGCGGCCGCUGCUUGCCCUGGGCGAGCCUCCUGCAUGACAGAGGAGGCUCGAGGGAACCGACUGUCCAGGUCCCCGCGCCCUCCGCACCCGCCCCUUCCCUCUUGGAGAUGCGGGCUACCUGGCU